AUGGCUGCAAUUGCUCCAGUUUCGAUAGGCACACGGGGCACCGUCGGAUCACUUGUCAGAAAGGAAAUUGAGUAUUUCGGAAAGCUCGAAAUAGACCCAUGUGAAAGCUCACAAAAACCUCGGGGACAGAUUGUGGACAUGGCUUCCACCAGCGGUCACUCCAGGCCUAGUUUCUGGCUCUUGCUAAUGACAUGGAAAAGGAAGAAGAGGAGAGGCACUGGUUCUCACCUGCCAAACAUGUGCUCUGUUGUUGAAGUUGCAGAAAGGAAUCGGCUGAACAGAAUUCCUGGUUACAAUUACAGAAUCCUCAAAAAUAACUUGCACAUUUAG